CGCAGGAAGUGGUCACACCAAAGGCGCCUUUUCUGAGCUCAUGUUGUCAGGCAAAAAAAAAAAAAGAAAAAAAAAAGAAAAAAAGAAAAGAACUAGCUACCCCGGUACCUCGGGAUGGGAAAAGGCAAAGUUAGGCUAAGUGUAAAGAAACAACAUGGCUGCUAAAAAGAAGCGGACUCCAAACACACAUAAUGACAGCUGGGUUGUUAUCGCCGCAGACUCAGUGAUUGAAACACAGAAGCACGACUGUGAUCCAGAUUUUGUGAAGCUCAGGAAUCCCUCUACAGACGAGGCUUCUCUGUACAUGCUCGGUGCUGGUGAUGUACAGCUGUACGAGGUCAAGGCGUUUGAAGAAGACUUCCAUUCCUGGUUUGUUGGACAGACUGUACAGAGAGAUGGAAAACUUCUCUUCAUAACAGAGAUGGACCCUCUCUAUCUGAUAUUACCCUAUAUGAUUAAAUCUGGCCAAGAGGGGAAAUUCCAGCCUGUGGAUCAAGUUGUUAAGGAUGAUGAAUUUCCGGCGAGCUCCCGGCUGCUCAGCUGCACACGUUCCCUGACCAGCCUGCACCACAUUGCAGAGGGAAAAGAGGUCGGAAGCCUGAGGUUUCAUCGCUACAGUCAAGAACGAACCAUGAACUGGUUACAAAAAAAGGUGGAGAGAACGAUCGUUGCCCUGAAGAAGAAUCACAUCUGUGUCGGAGAAGGAGUGAAAUCCACAACUUAUGUCAGAGUCAAGUCUGAGUCAGACAACCAGGAGGAAGACUACCUUCGUUAUGCUCACGGUCUAAUAUCUGAGUACAUCAGCGAGGAACUGAGCAAAGCUCUCCUUAAACACUUGGGGCUACCAGAGCUAAAAACUGCAAAGGAAACAGAACCUCCAUCUAAGAAGCGGAAACUUUCUGACAAGCCGGUGGAGGCUGGAGAAGACUACACCAAAUUCAACAGUGGAGACUUUGCACGGAAACCACCCAAGAAGAUGACAGCUGCUCAGAAAACUUUGGCUAAAGUGGACAAGAGUGGCAUGAAGCCCAUGUCUUCUUUCUUCAGCCCUAAGACCAAAGCUGAAAAGAAGUGAAUGUGUUGUGCUUUUUGGAUUCGUCCGACUCAUGUUUUGUAAUAAAGGAAAGAAAAACCUA